GACUAUAAUGACAGUUUGUAAUUUCUACAUAUACGAUUUGAAUCAAAUUGGCAGUGUAAAUUUUAUAAACUGCAUUUAUUGCAGUUUUCGUCACUUGCAUGUAUCAGAUAAUAACCAGCUAAAAUGAAUAUUAUUAUAACAACAUUUAACAAUCCUUUUUCAUUUUUUUGCUUAGCUGAAAAUGAUAGUAAAAAUAUUACUUCACUUCAAUAUAAAGUUACAGGAAAUGCACUUAUUAAUAAAUCUCAAGUGGUAGACGCCAGCCAUGGACAGUAUGUUGCAGUAAUGUGGAAGGAUAAAUGGGUGAGAGGGAUAGUGUCUUUGAAAUCACACUUUUUAAUUUGGCUCAUUGAUUAUGGUAUAUAUUUAAGGCCUAAUGAAAAGACUGUUUACAUUAAUUUGCCUAUGGAGUAUAAAAAGUUGCCCACAAAAGUCUUUGAAGCAAGCAUACAUGGUGUAGUUCCUUUGGACAAGGUGCUAAGUGAAGACUGCCAAAUAAUGAAUGAGAUUACAAUUUCAUGGAAUGCAGGUGCAAUAACAAAAGCACAAUCAUUAAUAGAAAAUGCUUUAAAUAUUUAUUUUGCACCACUUGCUUUAUUAUCUACCCAUCAUAAUGAUAUUGUGCUUGGAGAUUUAUAUAUUGAAACAAAAGAAAGACGAAUAUUUAAUAUAAUCGAAGAAUUAGAAUUGUGGCCAGUUUUUUUGGAAAAAAAUAAAGAAGUUUACAUUGAAAAUUUAUCAAAUUACUAUAUCAGCCGACGACAACAUCGUGCUUGUCUUCUGAAGCCAGAUAUUCUAAAUUUAGCAACAAUAAAUUUGACAACAACUCUUCUCGAGUAUAACACUAUCUGUGCUAAAGCUGUGCCACUUGAAAUAUCUUUGGAGUGCGAGUCGCAACAGGAAGAUGGCAGCACUAUUGUGGGGUUCGACAUAAAUAAAAAAGAAAAGUACAAAUUGACACCUGACGAAAUUGAAAAAUAUUCUAAUAUGUAUAUUACUAUUUCUGGUCAAGAAUACAAUGUUCUGAAUAUUCUGUUAAAUAAAAUUAAAGAUUUAAUUAUUUGCGAACGGUAUAAGGAUUAUGAUAAAAAAUCUGUUGGUAGAGGUGUAGGAUCCAGGCGACUAAACUUCUAAUUUUACUAGGUAAUUUAUAUUAACUUACCUAGUAAAUUUUAAUUUAGUACAUUUUUGAUAACCACUAAUUUUUGUAUCUUUAUAUUGUAAGGCUUAAUUACUUCUGUAGUUAGAGCACCAAAUUCAAGACUGUAAUUUCUAAAUUUACUACAUACCUUAUAUUACCUUACCUUGUAAAUGUUUACUUAGUACAUUUUUAAUAACCACUAAUUUUUAGACUAACGGGGUGAUAAAACACCUAAUUGUUUCAGUAGUCUUA